AUGGUCAACAGCAACAUUGUUCUGUCUGGCAUCAGUCUCCUGGCUGUUGCCUCUGCUCGUCCCGCAACUACCAAGGACAACAAUCUACCACCUCGAGAGUGGCAAGAGUGCUCUACUGGAACAUGGUACUAUACAUGCGGAGGCAUCUCCGGAUGCUUCGAUUACGAUCCCUGCGUCGCACCGUCCGAGACAUUCAAGACGACUCGCGAAUGGCACGAAUGCCCAGCCGGAACUUGGUACUCCAAAUGUGGCGCCUACGACGGGUGCUUCGACUAUGAUCCGUGUGUCGCGCCGCAGUCUGACCAGCUUCAGGCUAGAGAGUGGAAAGAAUGCCCAGUCGGAACUUGGUACUCAAAGUGUGGCAUCUACGACGGCUGCUUCAACUACGACCCAUGCGUCUCGCCCUCCUCUACCGCAUCCGAGUCCGAUACCCUGACCACGCGAGAAUGGCAAGAAUGUUCUCCCGGAACUUGGUACUCCAAAUGCGGACAGUACGAUGGUUGCUUCGACUACGACCCUUGUGUUGAGCCGUCCAAUACCCUAACAACACGAGAAUGGCAAGAAUGUUCUCCUGGCACAUGGUAUUCAAAGUGUGGCAUCUACGAUGGCUGCUUUGACUACGACCCGUGUGUUGAGCCGUCCACUGCCUCUGAUUCUAGCGACCUGGAGACACGACAAGACUGCCCUACUGGGACAUGGUACUCUACUUGUGGUAACAUUUCAGGAUGCUUCGACUACGAUCCCUGUGUUGCACCCUCCAGCACUCUAAAGACACGAACGGAAUGUUCUACCGGUACUUGGUAUUCCAAGUGUGGACAGUACGACGGCUGCUUUGACCACGAUCCUUGCGUCUCGAUCGGUUCCACGGUAACUGCCUACAAUGGAACCACUGGCACCAAUGGAACUCAUGGCACCAAUGGAACUCACGGCACCAAUGGCACCAGUGGCUUUACUACCGACGAUCAGAGAGACAUGUUCGUCGUAGUACCCGCCGAGCCCGAGACUACUGGUUCAGCCGUCAGCUACUUCCAGGUUGUCUCUGGCGCCAUGGACAUCAACCAAGUCGGCGUCUUCAGCGGCAUUCCGGCCGAAGCCAAGACGUGCACUCUCCGCUGGAAGCAAGGCGAGGCAGAUGAGCGCGUCUUCAGCGUCAUUGGCAACGGUCGCGUCUCGGUGUACCAGAUCGAGGACAUUGAUGCCACCGACGGCGUGUCCUGGAGCGAGGUCGAGGACGCCACGGUCACGAGCGACGAGUUUGGUCCCGAUCUGACCAACUGGGACAGCUCCUCGAUCGGCGCCACCGACCACGGCUCAUGGGACUUGAACUGUGCCGAGACCAUUUACCUCUCGUUCGCCACUCACAAGGGAUCCGAGAACGUCGGUGUCGAUGACUACAGGAACGUCUACUUCGAGCAGGACGAGAACAACGGCUUCUACAUCUCCUACACACACUAG